CUACGUACAGCUUGUUCAUGGAAUAAUCUGGUUAACAGUCAUUUUCAGUUGAUAUAUUAGGCAAUGGAACAUUCGGAAAUGCAAACAAGGUUUUUUUAGGAGUGGCAGGAAAUAAUAUAAUAGAGAUAUACUUAUUGAUAACAUAUUUCUAGGAGAAUAUACGUAGUUUGAAGUGAACUCUGAGUAUUUACAGGUGAGUCAUGGCGUGGGCCCCGCACGUGGCAGCGUCUACUGAUAAAAUGUUUACCCAACUAGUAUAAAGCUGCUUGCCGGCCGACUGCCCGCUCAGUCCUGUCUUUCGUUGAGACGUGAGCGCGUGUGUGAUUAACUUUCCCUCAGAUUUCAAAACAUCUGUUUAUUACACCUUCCAUUCAUAAUGGCUGACUCUGACCGUAUCGUGUACCCUGACGAGGUCGCCGAGGUGAAGGCAGACGCUAUUGCUGCAGCAGAAGCUGAAGACAAGACCUCUGGCGGAGACAGCAACGCUGUCGAGACACCAGCUCCUGAAGGAAUCUCAAUGAGGAAUGCUAUCACAGUUCCCAACAACUGUCCACCUGGUUUUAAAAUGGGAGCUGAUGGCGUCUGUCGCGAAGUGUUUUAACAAUUUCUAAGUACUUUUAAGUUUGCAGCUAAUGUUAAGAGAGUUGAGAAUAAUGACAAUGAAAGAAGAGACAAGAAAUGUAAUGUGUAUUUUGCGGUUAUAAUAUAAGAUGUGUCUAUCUGUUAGAACAUAUAAAAGACUCCAUCAUAGCUGAUUCCAGAGACAUUAUUAUGUACUCCAAAAAUAAUGAAAUUUUGUUUGUAC